CAAAAUAACAACCUGAAACAUCCAAAAUGUCCAAACUUCCCCAACCGUUUCCAGAAGUCCUCCUCCUUUUGUUCCUCAUCUCCAUACCCUUCAAUGUAAUUUCAGAAACCAUAGAAACAGAGCGAACUGUUCUUCUCAACCUUAAGCAGCAGUUGGGCAACCCGCCAGCCAUCCAGUUAUGGAACGUCUCUUCUUCACCUUGUUCUUGGCCGGGAAUCAAAUGCACUGAUGGUUCAGUCACCAGCGUUUCGCUCCAGGAUAUGAACAUCACUUCCGAAAUCCCACCAUCAAUCUGCAAACUCAAGAACCUCACAUUCCUUGAUUUGUCCGACAAUUUUAUUCCCGGUCAUUUCCCAACUUUGCUCUACAAUUGCUCGAAGCUCCAGCACUUAAACCUCUCCCUGAACUACUUCAUCGGCUCAGUUCCCGGUGACAUUUACCAGUUAUCUACUCUGGUUUACUUAGACCUCAGUGACAACAACUUCUCCGGGAAUAUUCCUCCAAGCAUCGGAGGAUUACGGGCUUUGAAAGAACUCCGUUUGCAAUAUAAUGAGUUCAACGGUACUUUUCCGAAGGAAAUCGGCAACCUAUCCAAACUUGAGCUUCUAUGGAUGGCCUAUAAUGGGUUUGUGCAGAUGAACAUACCUGAUAUGUUUACUCAAUUGAAGAAAUUGAAGUACUUAUGGAUGACAGCGACGAAUUUAAUCGGCAAAAUUCCAGAAGGAUUCGCCAACCUCUCGAGCCUAGAAUGGUUCGAUAUGUCGAAGAACAAUCUGGAAGGUCCGAUCCCUAGCAGGCUUCUCAUGUUGAAGAAUCUGACUAACUUGUAUCUCUUCAACAAUGAACUCUCCGGUAAGAUACCCAGACCCGUCGAAGCUUUGAACUUGGUUGAAAUUGAUCUUUGCAGGAAUAAUUUGACGGGAACGAUACCAGGAGAAUUUGGGAUGAUGCAAAAUCUUGUUUUCUUUAAUCUGAUGUCGAAUCAGUUAACAGGGGAAAUACCAGCCGGCAUGGAUCAACUUCCAGUUCUGAAGGUAUUUCGAAUUUUCGCAAACAAAUUGAGUGGAGUCUUACCGCCAGAAUUAGGCCUCCACUCAAAGCUUGAAUAUUUUGAGGUCUGCGACAAUCAAUUCACCGGUCAACUACCAGAGAAUUUAUGUGCCUACCGUGUUCUACUGGGAGUGGUUGCGUUUUCAAACAAUCUCAGCGGACAUAUACCGGCCUCGCUCGGAAAUUGCAGCACUCUCCGGACUGUUCAGCUUUACAACAACCAGUUUUCAGGCGAGAUUCCUCCAGGUCUCUGGACGACUUUCGAUUUAUCAGUUUUGUUACUGAGUAACAAUUCAUUUUCGGGGGAAUUACCGAGCCAACUAGGACGGAAUCUGUCCAUGGUGAAAAUCAGCAAAAACAAAUUCUCCGGAAAUAUCCCUGUCGGAAUCGGUUCUUGGUCAAGUUUGACAGUCUUCGAGGCAAAUGGAAAUCAACUCUCCGGUGAAUUACCAUCGGAUAUAGCCUCCUGGAAAUCGUUGAAUACCUUGGAUCUAUCCGGAAACAAACUUUCCGGUCAAAUCCCGGCAGCAAUUGGGUCUUUGCCCGACCUCCUCAACCUGGAUUUAUCAGAAAACCAGUUUUCUGGAAAAAUCCCUGAUAACCUUGCGAACCUGAGGCUCACAUCACUGAACUUAUCAUCCAACAAGCUUUACGGGCAAAUCCCAGAUGAGUUUGACAACCUUGCUUACGAAAACAGUUUCUUGAACAAUUCCAAUCUCUGUGCAGAUACUCCAAUCCUAAAUCUUCCAGACUGCAGCUCCAAACCCAGAAAACUCACCUCUAAAUAUCUUCCUUUGAUUCUGUCUCUUGCGGUUUUCAUCGUCAUAGUUACUGUUUCAUUGAUCCUGUUCGUGAUGAUAGACUACCGAAGUAAAAAACGAGGAGGUGAUCUUGCAACAUGGAAGCUAACCUCGUUCCAUAGAUUGGAUUUCACAGAAGAGAAUAUCGUGUCCAGGUUGACGGAGAGUAAUUUAAUAGGAAGUGGUGGGUCUGGAAAAGUGUACAAGAUUGCUAUUAAUGAGUCAGGUGGUUUUGUAGCUGUGAAGAGAAUUUGGAAUAACAAGAAACUGGAUGGUAAGUUGAAGAAAGAGUUCAUAGCAGAAGUUGAAAUUUUGGGCAGUAUUCGCCAUGCCAACAUAGUGAAGCUGUUAUGCUGCAUUUCCAGUGAGAAUUCGAAGCUUCUGGUAUACGAGUUCAUGGAGAACCAGAGCCUGGAUAGGUGGCUACAUGGGAAGAAGAAAAGAUCCACUACGAUCGGGACGAAUUCAAUUUACCACAUCGUACUGGACUGGCCAACAAGAAUGCGAAUUGCAAUUGGAGCGGCUCAGGGGCUUUGCUACAUGCACCAUGACUGCUGUCCACCCAUUAUUCAUCGUGAUGUUAAAUCUAGCAACAUCUUGUUAGACUCGGAAUUCAAGGCAAGAAUUGCUGAUUUUGGACUUGCAAAGAUGCUAACUAGGCAGGGAGAACCUCACACCAUGUCCGCAGUUGCUGGAACUUUUGGUUAUUUUGCCCCAGGUAAGAUCAAUAGAGAGUUCUAUGGAAGUUUUGUAGUGAAAUCUAUUUGCUUACUUGAUCUAUAUAUUGCAGAAUACGCAUAUACUACAAAGGUGAAUGAAAAAUUUGAUGUCUAUAGCUUUGGAGUGGUGCUUCUGGAAUUGGUAACCGGAAGAGAAGCCAACUGUGGAGAUGAGCACACUAACCUUGCACAAUGGGCAUGGCGACAUUACACUGAGGGAAGGCCUGAGGUUGAAAUAUUUGAUCCGGAGAUCAACGACCCUUGUCACUUGGAGGAAAUGACCCUUGUGUACAAGCUGGGGCUUAUAUGUACAAGCACUUUACCAUCUUCCAGACCUUCCAUGAAGGAAGUUUUGCUUUUUCUUCAACGUCACUCACGUCACCCCAAAAAAAAGUGACGUUUAGAGACAAGUAUAGGGGACGACUUAGAUAUGCACGUGCCCCCGGUGUUGAGAAUUUUAACAAUAUUAGACACAAAAGCUGUUGUGCUGCAUUUCGAAUGAGAAUUCGAAGCAUCUGGUGUAUGAGUACAUGGAGAACCAGAGCCUGGAUCGGUGGCUACAUGCGAAGAAGAAACGAUCAACGAGCCUCAGGAUGAAUUCAGUGCACCACGUUGUACUGGACUCGCCAACAAGAAUGCAAAUUGCAAUUGGAGCGGCUCAGGGGCUUUGCUACAUGCACCAUGACUACCGUCCACCCAUCAUUCAUCGUGAUGUCAAGUCUAGCAACAUUUUGUUAGACUCGGAAUUCAAGGCAAGAAUUGCAGAUUUUGGACUUGCGAAAAUGCUAACUAGACAGGGAGAGCCUCACACCAUGUCUGCAAUUGCAGGAUCUU